GUAGUCACCUGUGUGUGCCACAUUUGUCACGAACGAAUAAUGAGAUAAAUUAAUUAUUGAACUAGAUCCGAUUCUUAUUGAUGUUGAGUGAAACUAUCGAGGAACAUUAAUGUUAACUAAUCGGUCGGCCAGACGCAAAUUGGAUUUUUAAUCAUUCACUUAAAAAUAAAUGAGAAACUAAUGAAACAUUUUAAGCUCAGUACAAACCAUAGAAUUAGUCCGUUUUGCGAAAAGCAAUCACCUGUCAGUUAUUUACGGAUGUGCAGUGCCUCUAUGGUUGGUAAAUGGCAAGACAGUCGUCGUCGACAAGUCGUCCUUCUACGUUAAUUAAGAACUUGCCAUAAUGAUGAAAUUGCGAGCUCAACCACAACGUGGUUCACAGCACUCCCUCCAGUAUAUAAUUCCGAGCAGAGGGUCAGUAAUAUUUUCUUAAUUAUUUAAGUCAAUAAAAACAUUGGGGGGCAAUAAUGGCCGCCAAGAUGCAGCAGUUCGAACCACCCAGCUCUGCCAGUUCUGAAAGUGAUGGGGACCUAUGUCUUGAGGAUCGCAGUGCAUUUCUAGGAGAAGAUGCCACUCAAGAUGGUGAACAAUGCCGGUGUGAUAUGUCCACACCAACUCCACAGUCUCCUAGGCCACCGUCACAAAGUUCCCAAAAGUCUCCGAGAUCCCGAAGGCAACGAACCACGAGUAUGUCACAAUCAAGUAAAAAGACUUCCGCUGAAUCGAUCCUGAGAAGUAAAUCAAGAACUAUAUACACUGCUGGAAGACCCCCCUGGUAUAAUUCAGCGGGGCAACAGGUCGAACCAUUUGUUAUUGGAAUCUGCGGAGGAAGUGCUUCUGGAAAAACAACAGUGGCGACGAAAAUCAUUGAAUCUCUGGAUGUACCUUGGGUGACUUUGUUAAGCAUGGAUUCAUUUUACAAAGUACUCAAUGAAAAACAACACGAGUUGGCGGCUCGGAAUGAAUAUAAUUUUGAUCACCCUGAUGCAUUCGACUUUGAAUUAUUGAAGACUACUUUACAGAGAUUGAAAGAAGGAAGAAAGGCUGAUGUGCCUAUUUAUAAUUUUGUAACCCACAGUCGGGAGAAUCGAACGAAACCAAUGUAUGGUGCUAAUGUGAUAAUUUUCGAGGGAAUUCUUACGUUCUACAACUCAGAAGUAUUGAAGAUGUGUGACAUGAAAGUAUUUGUAGAUACAGAUGCUGACGUGAGGCUGGCCCGCCGUCUGAAACGAGAUAUUUCCCAGAGAGGAAGAGACCUGGAGGGCGUCCUCAAACAGUACUGCACAAUGGUAAAACCCUCAUACUAUUAUUACAUCGCCCCGUCCAUGGUUCACGCGGAUAUCAUCGUUCCUCGUGGAGGAGAUAAUGAGGUCGCCAUCGAACUCAUUGUGCAACACGUACACACCCAACUCCAACUGAGAGGUUUCAAAUUACGAGAGAAACUCGCUCACUCUUACAUCGGUCAACCUCUGCCCUCCUCUCUCUUCAUGUUACCGGAUACACCACAAGUUAAAGGACUGCAUACAUUCAUUCGUAACAAACUCACGGAUAGAGACGAGUUCAUAUUUUACUCUCGUCGUCUCAUAAGAUUGGUAAUUGAAUAUGCCCUAUCAUUACUGCCUUUUGAGGAGAUAACUGUGGAAACACCGCAAGGUGUUCCCUAUCAUGGAAAAAGGAGUGCAACUGAUAAGAUAUGUGGUGUGUCGAUAUUGCGAGCUGGGGAGACCAUGGAACAGGCUCUGUGUGAUGUAUGCAAGGACAUCAGAAUUGGAAAAAUUCUCAUCCAGACGAAUCUCAUCACUGAUGAGCCCGAGUUAUACUAUCAACGUCUUCCAAAGGAUAUAAAGGAUUACAGAGUAAUUUUGAUGGACGCAACAGUGGCUACAGGAGCAGCAGCAAUGAUGGCGAUAAGGGUUCUUCUAGAUCACGAUGUUGCCGAGGAGAAUAUUCUCGUGGUAUCUCUCUUGAUGGCCGAAUCAGGUGUUCACUCGAUAGCUUACGCUUUUCCGAGUGUGAAAAUUGUAACUUCAGCGCUAGAUCCUGAAAUCAACGAGAAAUUCUACGUUUUACCUGGUAUUGGAAAUUUUGGCGACAGAUAUUUCGGUACCGAACCCUCGAAUUUCGAUGAAUUCGAAUGAUUUAUGUUCAAUAUCUGUGUAUAGUGACGGAAAAAUGAAAGGAAAGAUUUCUACAAACGUAUUGAGGUAUCAGUUGAACAUUUUCCACAUAUAUAUAUAUAUAAAGCAAGAUAAAAUUAAUAAUAAUAAAUUAAUAAUACCAAAA